UUCGGACAGCAGCUCUGCAAUUGGUCGGAGCAUUUACACGUGAUAUCGGUACACUUGUUUUAUGCAUCGGCUUGCCUGUUUUUAAAGUGUAGCCAUGUAUGAUAGCCUGUUUUCUAAUCGUUUCGUAUAGCGAAAGAAAUAGCCUUUUGAGUUGUUUCAACUCGCUUCUGACGAGUACCAUUGCUUGCAUUGGGUUUUUGAUUUUUCUUUUGUCUGGUGGUGUUUGACAUGCACCAGCUAGUAAUCCACUAUUACGUUAGACCAGGAAGAAACACGCAACGUUGACUGUCAAAACAGUGUCUGGCUUCAGGUUGGAAUUAGUCCGGAAGAAUUUAAAUGCUGUGUGGAGACAAUUAAUACAAUGGCGUCAGAUAGACACAACUGUUCGUGUUGCUCCCAUCCAGUCUCCUCUCCCAGUGUUUACCAGACGUUGACUGAAAUGGAUUUUGAACGAGGUAUCUGGUCCGCUGCAAUGAAUGGGGACUUGGAUAGGGUCCAGUUCUUGGUCCAAAAGGGCACUGACCCUAACCUACGCGACUCCACCGGAUACACAGCUCUGCACUAUGCAAGUCGCAGCGGUCGUCACUCCGUAUGCAGGUUUCUUCUUGAGACUGGUGCUUGUGCGUCCCCCCAGACCUCAGGCGGUGCCACACCACUCCAUCGAUCGGCUUACUGCGGCCAUCUCGAUGUGGUCAGACUCCUGCUGCACCACAGGGCGGAUCCAAAGAUCUGUGAUGACGAUGGUGCAUCCCCUUUACAUAAGGCUGCAGAGCAGGGUCACGAAGAGGUAUGUGAGCUGCUUCUGGAGCACUGUCCAGCGCUCUGCAGCCAGGUGAACAAGAGGCUCCAGCUUCCCUUCCAGCUGGCACCACAGCAAGAUCUGCAGGAGCUGUUAAAACCUGACAGACACACUGCUUCUGGGCCAUGAAAUGAAUAUCAGCUGGAAAUCUACACGCUGAGAUUGAGUCAUCUUUACCUGGAAUCAUCACAUUUGGAAACCUCUUUUUCCACUCUCAUCUGGUGGUUAUCUAUGUAUUAUGAAGAGCAGGUUACAGCUGCGGUACUUCGUUGGGGCUUGAAGGGUUGGUGGUGAUUAGGAAAGAUGAAUCAAGUCAAGACUGCCAACUCCCCAUCUGAUGCUGUGCACUGACCUUUAAAGUGUGUUAUGUCACUUUGGAAUUAGCCUUGGUUACAUAUUUGGAUGCUCAGUACAAGAGCUGAGCAGGAGUACAAGGUCAAGGGUCAACGACAUAGAAGGACAACAGUCCAGUUCAAAAGCCAGAAAGUACUUUUUAAUAGUGAUUGAAUUUAUCUUUCAAACUACUGCCAUUAAAUCCACAACGUGUGGCAUUUAAUAUGUAUUUAAGCCGGGUCCUGAAAAUACACGCGUCUGCCCCCGCUGCAGCAUAAAUAAUUUAUGUUAUUGUGGCAUUUUUAUCAAAGGAUUUUGUAAUAAAACUGGAAGACAUUU